CAGCUGCUUGUUACGUCUUUCUCUGGCCCUUUCGGCUUCGGAUAAUCCAUUCGGACAAUGAACGUCAGCCGAGAUGCGGAUUGGAAAUCGGCAGGGAUCAACAACACCAUCCUGAAUAUCGCGUCUGGACAUCGCGUCUCUAGAACACUUCACAUCAGCGAGCAAUUGAUGCCUCACAAUUCCAGUCUGCACGAAAAUAGUAGGCAGCUGGUUCCUUAGAAACAAUGUCCUAUUACGACAUUGACGCGAUUCUCACCGAUGCUCAAAAAGUGCCUUGCACAUUCGAACUCGACGUCCCCAGCCUAGGCUACCUAGACAACAAUGCAGGCCACGCCCUCAAAUCCGGUACACGCGUCGAGCUUCCCCUCUGGCUUGCAGAAAUGCUCGCCGUGUCCUCACCCAAUUCGAACAAAUCUCUCGUUACGCUCGACCUCCCUCCUAGUCUGGCACCACGCGUUAUGAAUGCCCUGAAAGCCGAUCCGAAGAGCGUGGAUCUGCGGGCUUUGGCGCAGAAUUUCUAUGGGCUGGGUGCGAGGAUAUUGGAAUUGUUCGAAGAAGAAGAGGUGUGUGAUGUGUUGAUGGAGACGUUUAGGAGUCGGGCGGCGGAGAUUUCGGAUCAUGCGAGUAAUGCUGGUGCGAGCCAGAGGAGUGGUGGUGGUGGUGUUGGGAAUGAUGGUGUGGAGUUCUUGAGGGGACUGGAUGAGAUGGAGAGGGGACUGUUCAGGGCUGCGCAUGAUAGUUCGAAGGCUAUGCGUGUUUGGAUGGGAGAUGUGAAAAAGGGCUGAGGAUAUUUCAUGACAUUGGAGUUCUUGAUGGGCGAGAGUUUGGCAUAUAUGGGUUCUGCAUGGCUGGAUUUGUUCAUGGGCACGAAGCAUGGGACGCGGAGUUGGCUGUUUGGACAUUGGCAUGAUACCCAGGUACAAAAGAAUUGACAUGAGGCAACUUCUCUCUAUCAUCAACCCCCAACCACAACAGAUCCGGUCGGCUAUAAUGCCCACCAACAUCAAUGAAACUCUUGGACAUCAGCACCUCGGUGAAAUCCAGGUCAGCAUACAAGAUGCCCUCCUCAGUUUGGUCGAGAUCUUCGGUCAACUGCCUUCCAUCAGGGCCAUAUAUAGCGGAACUUCCACCACCAUGAAGCCCAAAGAUGGUCCCUUGUGUCGCCAUCUUUUCAAUCGCCUUAGGCCCAGUGAUAGCCGUGGUAUGCAGAACGAAUGUCUGGCUCUCCGCAGCAUAAGUCCUAGAAAGAUUCCGACAUCCCUCUCGAGACAUAGACCACAGUCCCUUUCCAGGCGCAUAUGGAAUA